AUGGCUGUUUUCUUUGAUAAAAUCUCGGAGAGGCUUAUCUGGUCUCCAGUCCACAGGCAUAUUAUAAUCAGAUGCACCGAUGAAGAACCACUUCUAGCUUAUGCGUGGGCUAGGAUGAGGGAAUCGGAAGAAGACUUUGUGUACACAGGCAAAGCUUUUCUGUCUCUUCUUGCAUCUGUAGAGGAAAAUCCCUGGUCUCGUCUUUCAGAAGAGAAUCCAACUUCCAAAGGCUCGUUGACGGAGAGAAUACUCAAGAGUCUCUAUUGUGCGGAGAAGAUCGAAUUCGAGUCUGCCAUUGAUCCUGCAAAGCUUAGAAUGGCGAGAAUCCUUCUCUACCACCACUAUAAGCAGAAGUGCAUCGAUUUGAGUAAAGACCCAAGGAUAUCAAGCUACCUUUCUCAGGGUACAGGUAUAGCUAGCGUGGCCAAUGAUAUGAUCUUAGAGGAAAUAUACGGUUGCCAUAAUCAAAGCACUAGCGAAGAGGCGAAACGAAAGCGAUACUAG